ACAUUGCCGGUAUCUACCAGUGUCUCGUGCUCUCACCCGAUCAGAAACGCGGAGGAUUUCCCCGUGAAAGCACGUUUCCACGUAUGAAUCAAUUUAGUUAAUUAACAAAUAAAUAGUUCAAUAAUUAAUAUUGGUCAAUAUCGCGGUGGUAGUAAUAGUAGUCAACGGAUCAUUGACUUCGAUAAUAUCGAGGGAAAAUAACUUUUGUUUUCUUUUAAUUGAUUUAUUGGAGAUCAGAGUCGAGUGGAGAAUGAACAUUGUGGGAUUUUUGAAUAAUUACGUGGAAAGCAAUUGCAGUGUGUUAUCGAGUAAAAGUGUUAAGAGAAGCAUCAGUAUCAUCAGCAGUAAAUCCGUACGUCGAGCUUCGGCGUCACGACGCUCGGUGCGCCCGCAUCGUCGCAGAGACUAGCGAAAAUUUCUAUUUAGCAACCUCAUCUUCAUACCGUACAAAAACCAUUGGUCUGUGGUGGAUUUUUGGUGUUCAGGGGAAGGGAAGAGCCGGAGUGAAUCUCGCUGUGGGGCUAGUGAGAGAGAAGAGAAACUAGCUAAAGCACAGACACGUCUCGUGCGUCUGCCUCGAGGCAUCGUCGCGCCAAAUCGUCGAGACGAACCGAAAGAUUUUUCUCAAAAAAAAAAAUUUUCUUGUGAGAAAAUUGAGUCUUCGGUUGAAUUCCGCGAUUGUGUGAUUCGGACACGAGGGACUGUUGAUUUCUCGGGGGAGUUUCGCGACGCGAAGUGAUUCGGGUGUGCAGGGGAGGAGAGAAGUGAUAAUUUCGGGAAGAUCCUGAGGUGCCUAUUGUUCUAGAGUAGAUAUGGAAUUUUUUGGAAUAAGGAGUGCCGACCUCGUGGUUGUGGGGUCCCUCGUGCUUGGCGCGCUUGUCAUACUCGUGGGAUUCAUCUUCGGACGACGCACCGGGUCUACGAGGACUAAACAUCGCUCCGAAGUGACUAAGUCUCACGUGCAAUCGGAAAAUUUACCAGCUGUGACACCUACACCCGGUAAUCAUCAAACAAUUACCACUGGCGGUGGUAAACGAGCUAAAAAUAAAAAGAGGAGAGAAGCUCAACAGGAGUUCACGCACUCGUGGAUGGUGGGUGCUCUCAAGGGUCACACUGGUCCUGUCCUCGACAUGAAUUUCGCUAGCAACAACAAGUUCCUCGCAAGCUGUGGAGAAGAUAGCAGUAUGCUGCCAAAAGACCUGGAUGCUGGACGCUGCUUCUCCACUGACCCUGCGGCCUUGGUACUAUCAGACGAUUUGGAUACAACUCUAUCAAGGGAUAUAGACGGCAUGGCCCCAAAGGAACGUGAACGUGCCAUUCUCAGCCGUCGUCAACGUAAGAAUCGGACCCGAGCAAUGCGAGAGCAACGUCGUGAUCGGGAGGACGAUCAGGAGGAUUAUAAUAACGAAUCAUCCUCAACACGUCGUCGUCAUCAUCAUCAUCAACGGUUAUACUUGGACGGAUCUCCAUCUGGAUCAGGGGACUCAAGUGCAUCCAAUAGUCCCAAAAUGCUACGCAAACAAGCUCAGAUAGAUCAUCACCACGGGACUACUCGUAAAUAUGUUUUUAUGAACAAACCAGUGUUCAUGCCUUCAAUGUCUAGCUUGCCUACUGAUCUAUCAUGGUCUGAAAAUCCAUGGCACUGUGAACCGGUCUAUCGGAACAUUCAGAGUAAACAUUUGGAUGACGGUGCUGUGAUGCACUUUCUUAAAAAAUAUCUUCUGAGCAUUGUGGACCUCACCGAACUUGGUUAUCCGGUGGAAUGUGAUGAGUAUCCUGGGUGUGCCAUGGUUCUCUAUCGGCCCCCCGAAAAUCAUUAUUCUGAGCACGACCAACAACAGCAGAAGGACCAACAACAGCAGUACCACUUGGAUGUCAAUGCUCAGGAAUUUAUUCCUAGCACACAUUUGAAUUCUUACAAUAAUGAGUUGGAAAUAGACAGUGGUAUUGGAAGUGCUUCAUCAGUCGAGAACUCAGAUAUGGAGCCUGAGAGUCUCUCGGACAGUGACAAAAAUUCUGAUAUCGUUGAUUCGUCCUCAUCAUCAUCCAUGUCAUCAUUGACUUCCUUCAACUAUGAUACCGACAAAGUCAUGUGGGGUUCACGAUAUGACGCCUGCGUUCCAAUGGAAGUCACACAGUCACCUGUUUUACGAUCGUGUGCAAGAUGCUCCCAAGGUUUUUACAUGGACCCAGUAACCAAUGAUUACAUCGACGACGAGCCAUGUGUCCACCACUGGGGCAAGCUCCGAAAAAUUGCCGGAAAGAGAUGGACCUGUUGCAAUCAGAGUGAGGAUGCACCUGGAUGUUCAAUAGCUUCAGUACACGUUUGGCGUGGUAUUAUUAGUGGCGUCAAUGGACCCCUCAUCGACUAUGUUUGUACACAGCCAUCCCCUGUUAUACAUCCUGAUAAUAAUUACGGUGCUUAUGCAGUCGACUGUGAAAUGUGUUAUACAAGACGUGGUCUCGAAGUAAUUAAGGUUACGGUCGUGGGAAUAGAUGGCGAGAUAGUUUAUGAUACAUUAGUGAAGCCUGAUGUUGAUGUUCUUGAUGUUAAUACAAGAUUCAGUGGUGUAACUGCUGAUGAUUUGUUGAAAACCACAAAAACACUUCGCGAUGUACAAAAAGAUCUAUUAAGUUUUAUUUACGCCGAAACAAUACUCAUUGGACAUGGUUUGGAGAAUGAUCUUCGAGUACUCAAAAUGAUGCACACAACCGUCAUUGAUACAUGUGCAGUAUAUCCACAUUAUCUUGGAUUCCCUUACCGGAAUAGUCUCAAGGCACUUGCCAAACAGGUUCUCAAACGUGAAAUUCAAGUGUCAACACAUGAUUCCGCGGAGGAUGCCAAGAGUGCUGUUGAUCUUUUGCUUAGGAAGAUUGAAAUGGAUUUAGAACCGCAUUCAGUUCGGCUCCCUUAAGGAUCAUUCUUCAGUUACAAGUAUAAUCUGUGAUAUGUACGUACGCAUCACCGCAUCCCCAUUAUCAAUAAGUUCCGUACAAUUGUGACAAACUGCCGAAUAUUGGAGUAUUACAUUAACAAUCAUUUUUUUAAAUCGCUGUCGUAUUGUCUCUUCUGUACAUAUUUGUUUCUCGAGUGUUAGGGUAAGGGUUCAUGAGUUGAUGAUUAGUAAAUAGAAAAACGUGCAUAACACGUUGUACAUAUCAAUGCUUAUGUGAAUUUUUACACAUAUUAUUUUUUUUCGUACUUACAUGAUUUUAUGUAAAAUAAUCGUACCUAGAAAAUGUGCUUAUUCUCAUCACAGAAGUGAAAGAAUAACAGAAUUUUUAUAUAUCAUUUCAUUACUGUUCAACGACUUGUAAAUAGCAUAUCGUAUUUAUUCAAAUGUAGCCAAGGAAGGCAUACGGUGUUGAUGUAUACAUAUUUCAUUGAUAAAAUGGUUUUUCAAUAUAAAUAUUUUUGUUCAUUUUUUUUUUUU